AUGCCAACUCGAACGCCACCAGCCACUCUUGAGGUGUUGCGUGCUUCUUGCGUGAGCGGUGGUAUUCAGAAAUUUCCCAUCAAACGAGACAACGUACAAUUCAUCAAAGAACUCCUUGAUCGUGGCUUACAUAUGGAUACGCUCUAUACUCUGGAAGCCGUCAAUGCGCAGGCAAAGGAUAUCCUCGAGGUAUUUCUUAAAAAUGGGUGGAAUAUCAACCAGCCUAUAAGCGAGCUGAAACCUCCUUUGUUAGGUUAUGCUAUUCAAGAUAAGGAGAUGGUGGCUUGGCUUCUCGAUCAUGGGGCUGAUCCUAAUCGACAAUGUGUUAUUGACCUUACUCCACUUUCCCUUGCUAUCGAGAGCGCGCCAGUAUCAGUUAUCCAGCUCAUGCUUAAUCGUGGCGGAGAUAUUCGAAAAGGCCAACUUCUUCAUCAUGCAAUUGAACGGCAUUCGGAUAAUAUUACGGUCUUAAGCCUUCUUCUAGGGAAAGGGGCAGAUAUCAAUUCAACUAUGUACGAGGACCAUUAUCCUUCUCGGGCGCUAUUCUCUUUCAUGGGCCUCGGAACGCCUCUGCAUAAAGCGGCUGAACUCGGUAAAGCGGAUGUGGCUCGCUACUUGGUUAGCAAAGGAGCAAAUUUGCAUAAUAAAGAUGGAAAAGGUCGCACAGCUCUGGAUUAUGCGCAUAUGUUAAAUCAGCGGGUGGUGAUUCAUGCACUCGAGGAAGGCAAGUAG